AUGUUAGCCUCAUUAUUGCAGGUUGUUACUGGAGGACAGUAUGACGUCGACAUGACUUUAGAAGAUCCACAUGGUAAAGUUCUGUACAAAGAUAUCAAGAAACAAUAUGACACUCACAGCUGGAAGGCAGAAGUGAACUCCUGUACUUACAAGGCUUGUUUCUCAAAUGAAUUCUCAACCUUUUCCCACAAGAUCGUCUACAUGGAUUGGCAGGUUAAUGACCAAAGCAAUGCCAAUAAAGGUGCAACACCCGGCACUCACGCUAUGACUGCGCUUGAAAAUUCUGCUGUCGCAAUUGCAGACAAACUGCGUGUGGUUGAUGAUUAUCAAACACAUCACCGUCUUCGCGAAGCCACUGGACGAAAGCGUGCCGAACAGUUGAAUGAACGCGUUCUGUUGUGGAGUUUAGGACAGACAGCUCUUAUAGUCCUUAUUGGAAUUGCUCAGGUACGGAUAUUUCCGUUGAAUGCGUAA